AUGGAAAACAAUGGGAAAAGAGGAGGACAAUGGAUUAAGAAGAAGGAAGGCCAAGGUACAGCAAAGAAGCAACAGCAGAAGAGGAAGCAACAGAACAACGCGCAACGUCAGCAGCAACGGUUCCAGUAUGCUACUCCGAUGUACCAACAACCGCAGGUAGUACAGAUCACGGCCCCUCACUUCCCACCGCAAUUUCCAUCCCAAAUCCCAUCCCAAAUUCCACCCCAAUUGAUUCCACAACCAACCAUCCAUUAUGUCUCACCACAACCCGCCCCACAAUUCAUUCUCCCACCCCAAUACCCACAAUACCCAUUCAGAAUGUAG